UUCUAAACAAAAAACACAAGCAAGAAUUUUACAACAUGUCAAUAUUAUUUACGUUCUCUCUAACACGGUUUGAGUCACUACUGAAUACACUUAUAAAACCACCAGACUAUUUUUUACAACAUAUAAAAGUUGCAAUUAAUUUAAAUAUCCUGUCAAACGAAAUAUAGUUUACUUAAUUUUUUUUUUUUAUUUCACAAUUCAUCUCCGAGAUACCGGGUUCGAUUCCCGGUCAGGUGAAAGUAUGAACUUUUCUAUAUUGUCUCGGGUCUUGGUGUUGUGGUACCUUCGGUGUCUUAGCUAGUCCACGAGUAGCUAACUACUCGUCUCGGAAUCCGUAUAUAGCCAUAUAUCCAAAACAAUUAAUAUCCUUAUUAAAAAGACAUAAACGCAUUAUCGAAAUGUAAACACAAGCCAGUUGCUAACAAUCUGCAAAUUUCAUUCGUACUAAUCUAAAACAGCCCUGUCAAUUGUCUAAUGAGUCGUGUUUGUAUCUGUGACGUCAUUAUGCUUAGUUAACGAGUGUCGCCGAAGUAUAAAUGUCCCAUAGUAAUGCAGGAGACUUCAGAUCCCAGCGAAGGAUCCUGCAGCUAAAACAAAUAAUGAAGGAUAUAAUUCUGAUUAGUCUGGUAGCGAUCGUCGCUGUAGCGUGGGCACGACCUGGUUCUACAUACACAGACAAAUGGGACCAUAUAAAUGUCGAUGAAAUCCUAGAAUCCAAACGACUCCUAAGAGGUUACGUUGACUGCCUACUCGAUAAAAGUCGAUGCACUCCAGAUGGAAAAGAAUUGAAAGAAACACUCCCUGAUGCUUUAGAACACGAAUGUUCGAAAUGUACAGAGAAACAGAAGACUGCCUCGGAUAAAGUGAUUCGACACUUGGUAAAUAAACAUCCAGAUUACUGGAAGGAACUAUCGGCCAAAUAUGAUCCUAAUAACAUCUACCAGGAGAGAUACAAGGACAAGCUAGAUGAAGUCAAGGGGAAAGAAUAAAAUUUGUUUUAAGCAAAACCAUAAUGUAAUGCACUGUUUAAUUUGAUACGAAAUUGUGAUAUUGCAAAUUGGACAUUAAAAGUCUGCAAUCCAGUGAAAAAUAUCUACGAAUUUAGGUACGCAUGGUACUUAUAAAUGACCUUUUUGACGAAUAAACUGAAGCCAAAAUGUUU